AUGAUGCCGUUUUGGCACAAUCGUUUUCAUCAUCAGCACCAUAAACGGCGACAUCGUCAUCGCCAUCGCUAUCGACCACCACAACCAUCACCGUUUCAUUACGGCUACGGACAACCUUAUGGUUAUGGCUAUGCACAACCAAUACCUUUCGCUCCAUACGUUGGCAACUAUGGCGGCAAUGUUUGGGGAGGUACUAUUGGAAGCGGACACUUUUCAGGUGCUCAUCAUCACGGUGGAGCCUCCGCAUGUGGUGGUGGAGUAAACUGGGGGGCUGAUGGAGGCGGAGACAUGCCAGGUGGUCAUCACUCACAUCAUCAUGGUGGAGGAAGCGCCUGUGGUGGAGGUGGAGGAGGCAGCUGUGGUGGAGGUGGAGGAGGUGGCUGUGGAGGAGGUGGAGGAGGUGGCUGUGGUGGAGGUGGAGGAGGUGGAGGAGGUGGCUGUGGUGGAGGUGGAGGAGGUGGCUGUGGUGGAGGUGGAGGAGGUGGCUGUGGUGGAGGUGGAGGAGGUGGAGGAGGUGGCUGUGGUGGAGGUGACGGAGGUGGGUGUGGUGGAGGUGGAGGAGGUGGUUGUGGUGGAGGUGGUGGAGGUGGAGGAGGUGGUUGUGGUGGAGGUGGAGGAGGUGGUUGUGGUGGAGGUGGUUGUGGUGGAGGUGGUUGUGGUGGAGGUGGUUGUGGUGGAGGUGGUUGUGGUGGUUGA